UCCUAUCAUUUGCGCACCCAAAUUUGACUUUUCCAUUUUGAUCUGGCCAUAUUAUCUGUUGAUUCCUGCUAUAAAUAUAGGUACACUGUCGUAGUCCUAUUUUUCUCUCAGCAGAGUACUGUUGCUGUUUCAUACAUAUAAUUUCACAUCAAGAUUGUACACUCUUUUAAAUCACAGAAGAUCAUGAAGUACAUUCAAUUCAACAUCUUAUUUGUUUUGGCUUUGAUCACUCUACCAUCUACAUUGGCUAAACUUCGGGUCGGGUUUUAUAGAAGAUCAUGUCCUGAAGCUGAAUCAAUUGUUCAGCAAGCUGUUCAGAAGCGGUUUGCAGCAGAUAAAUCAGUAACAGCCGCCUUGCUACGCAUGCAUUUCCAUGAUUGUUUUGUUAGAGGUUGUGAUGCAUCUAUACUAAUAGACUCCACCGAUGACAACCAAGCCGAAAAAGCGGCAGGCCCAAAUUUGACUGUUCGAGAAUACAGCCUAAUAGACCAAAUCAAGUCCAUGCUAGAAGCUGCAUGUCCUCAAACUGUCUCAUGCGCUGACAUCGUAACGCUCGCAACGCGAGACGCAGUGUCUCUAGCCGGGGGACCAAAAUACAACGUUCUUACUGGCCGACAUGAUGGGCUCGUUUCGUCGGCAAGUGAAGUGAACCUACCUGGUCCCGCAUCCACCGUGUCCGAGGCUCGUCAAGCAUUUAGUGCUCGAGGUUUGACCAUAAAUGAUAUGGUGGUCCUCUUAGGUGGUCAUACGCUUGGCGUAUCACAUUGUAGUUUCUUUAAGGACAGGUUAUCUAAUUUUCAAGGUACCGGGGUUCCAGACUCUACUAUGGACCAAGAAUUAGUAACUAACCUUAAGGGUAUGUGCGGGUCUAACCCGAAUAUUAUAGAUCCGACUACAUUCCUAGACCAGAACACGUCUUUUGUUCUUGAUAGUUAGUAUUAUAACCAAAUUAUGAAGAAUAGGGGUGUUUUACAAAUUGACUAAGAACUUGCAUUGGACAAAACAACUUCCAGAUUGGUUUCAAGUUUGGCAUCUAAUAAUGCGUUGUUUGGACAGAAAUUUGCCAAGGCAAUGGUCAAGCUUGGAAAUAUUCAAGUGCUUGAGGGAAGUGCUGGGGAGAUUAGGAACAAUUGUAGGACUUUUAAUUAAUGGAUAGAAUAAAAGGGUUUAUUUUUUCAUUUAA